AUGCUCUCCUCCAAGGACGUGGUCGAGGUGACUGAACCCGCUUCUCAUCAGGUCGACGACGAACGUGAGCAAGAUGCCCCUCGGGACCACGGUAUAUGGAGUCGCGAUCGCUUCUGCGGUGCUCUGGCCUACAAUUUUGUGGGCUUCAUUCUCCCAGCUCUUUACGGAACGCUUUCAAAACUAUGGGUGGCCAACAUCAACUCUUCCCUUGUCGUCACGGUCGAUUCCUAUACCUAUAUUGGCGUUGUAGCCGAGGUCAUCAAUGAAGGCCUCCCUCGAGCUGCGUGGGUCAUCAUUGGAGACAAGUCCUCGCGCUCGCUUUCAUCCCGCAUCGAACUCACUCACACCCUGGUACUAUUCCAAAGCAUCAUGGGUUUGGUUGUGAGCGUCAUCAUUCUUGGGGCCGCCAAACAGUUUGCCGCUGGGUUUGUCCCGGAGGAGGUUCGCAGAGCGAGCUUGACCUACGUCCGCAUCAGCUCAUUCUCCGUCUUUAGCGCUGCCGUGGAGGUCGCCGUCACCAAUGCUGCCAGGGCGCUUGACCACCCAGAUGUACCGUUUCUCAUCAGUGCGAUACGCUUUGCCGUCAAUAUCAUCUUGGACUUGCUGAUCAUAUCCCGAUUUCACGUUGGGACCUCCAAACCCACCGUCAACAUGCAAGCUGCAAUUCGGCUUGGGUGUGACUUUGCUGCGGCAUUUGCGGGCCUAGCAUACUUCGCGAUCAUCGUGUUCAGACUGCACAGGAAAAACAGGGGACUCCAGAGCGUCCCUGUAACACGUCCCAGCCUAAGGGCAUUGAAAGUGCUUCUAAGACCUGGAAUCUUGACCUUUGUCGAGUCGGCUGUGAGGAACACGUUCUAUUUGUGGCUUGUCAGCAAUAUUGUGUCCAUGGGGGCCGACUAUGCGACGGCUUGGGGAAUCUUCAAUACCAUUCGUUGGGGUCUUGUUAUGGUCCCGGUCCAAACACUUGAGGCGACUUCGAAUGCAUUUACUGGACACAGAUGGGGUCAAUGGAGGAGCGAGGUUGGGACGCAGGUGCAGAAGGCCAAGGCAACCUGGAAGCAGCUUCGCGAUAUCACUACUCCUGCAAUUACGGCAACGGCAAUUGCGCUGGCAGUUGAGGUUCCCCUCUGCAUCUUUCUUUCACUCUUCGGAUGCAAGCCUUUUGCGCACUAUCUCUCUGACUCGGACAGCGUGGCGUCGAUCACAGCCCACAUGUGGCGCACGAUCGACUGGUGCUACAUCUUUUACGCACUCAGCACCGAGCUGGCAACAAUCCUCCUGGCCACAGUGCCGAGAUGGUACCUGUAUCAAUCGCUGGUAUCGAAUAUGUUGUACGUCUUACCCUGGGCGAUCGUUUGUCAGACGGCACAUCUCAGCUCGACAGACGCUUGGAGCUAUCAUGCCUUUGUGUUUGGAGGAAGCUUGGUCUUCAGUUUUUUCGAUGUGCUGCUAUUUGUGACACUCUGGGUCUGGAAGCUGAGACGGGGCACACUCAACUUUGACAAGGUAAGACUUGUGUGA